GGACACUGGACAGUGGACACUGACAGCUGGCCCCUCUGUUGAUCUACAGAGGAUAAAUUUAUCGACGCUUGCCUGUUGGCUGUGAUAAUUGGAUGCCAAAGCUUCAAUGGCUGGCUGAUUGUGUUAUUUCUUGACUGCUGUUGAUGGACAGCCCCCCCCUCGCUGCUGCCGCUUCGCCAUGAUGAUCGACUCUAUCAUUAGCAUCGCUUUUUACAUCUCGACUGUGCUGACAGUCCUGAUCUGGCUGCUUCCAUCACAAUAUGGACAGGCUGACGCUUCAGCACAACAGGCGCCGAAGUGUAAGGUCCAGAUUCUUGUCCUAGGGGACAUUGGUCGCAGCCCACGCAUGCAGUAUCACGCACUCAGUAUAGCAAGGAAAGGCGGUCAGGUUGAUAUCAUUGGAUACAAUGAAUCGGAGCCUCAUCCUGACGUUUCUUCCCACCCGAAUAUUUCGAUCGUCCCGCUUCCUCCUCACCCGGCCGUUCUGCAGACAAGCAAUCGAAUCCUUUUUUUACUAUACGGGCCACUAAAGGUGCUCUUUCAGAUCGGUUGCUUGUGGGUUUGUCUUGCAUACCGGACAAAGCCAGCCAAAUGGCUACUUGUACAGAAUCCACCCUCAAUUCCUUCGUUGGCCGUUGCGUCGAUAGUAUGCUUCUGCAGAAAAACGCAUCUUGUCAUUGAUUGGCAUAAUUUCGGAUACUCCAUCCUCGCUCUGAAACUCGGUCCCAGACACCCCCUCGUCAGAUGGUCCAAAUGGUACGAGAAGACCUUUUGUCGCUAUGCAACAGCCCAUCUCUGCGUCACGAGAGCCAUGGCUCGUGUUCUCAAAGAAGACUUUGCGCUCCAGGCGCCCAUUCUACCUCUCCACGACCGCCCCGCCGACCUGUUCCAACCGAUCCCCGACGAGAAGGAUAGAACCCGCUUCCUUACCUCUCUACCUGAAACAGAGCCUAUCCGCGCGGCUUUGGAAGGCUCUGGGAACGCCCGUGUGCUAGUGAGCUCAACAUCCUGGACCCCGGAUGAAGAUUUCUCGAUCCUCCUCGAUGCACUCUGCCAGUACUCGGAGAUCGCAACCAGCAUGGCCCAGAAACCAGAAGACAGCCUUCCGCACAUCAUGGCCAUCAUUACUGGUAAAGGACCCCAGCGCGAGCAGUACCUGAAGAGAAUUGCCGAGCUGGAAAAUGCUGGCAAGCUGGAGCACGCUACUGUUCGCACCACCUGGCUCAGCAUGCAGGAUUACGCACGUCUGCUGGCCUCCGCAUCGCUAGGUGUCAGUCUGCACACGAGCAGCAGCGGCGUCGACCUGCCCAUGAAAGUCGUCGACAUGUUCGGCGCCGGCUUGCCCGUUGUCGGCUGUCAGUUCGAGGCUUGGCCGGAACUCGUUCAUGAGGGUGUCAACGGGAGGGGGUUUGAAACCGCCACCGAACUUGCGGAUCAUCUCGUCGAUCUCUUCGGUCAUCCGGAUCGUCUCGACACUCUUCGUGACGGCGCUUGCAUAGAGUCGACCCGUCGAUGGGAUAGUGAAUGGGACCCAGUAGCGGGGAAGCUAUUUGGUUUGGUGGAUUCAGAGGUAAAGAUAGACUGA